AUGUCGGAACAGCCUUUGUGUACAUGUAUAGGUGUCCCAGGAUUUCAGCUGGCUGAUAGCAAUUUGGAUGUUACCUAUAGUAACUUCAUCCUUGCAAAUGCUCAGGUGGCUAAGGGAUUCCCCAUAGUUUACUGUUCAGAUGGCUUCUGUGAGCUUGCUGGAUUUGCACGAACUGAAGUCAUGCAAAAGAGCUGCAGCUGUAAAUUUUUACUUGGUGCUGAAACAAACGAGCAGAUGAUUCUUCAAAUUGAGAAGUCAUUGGAGGAAAAGAUAGAAUUCAAAGGAGAAAUCAUGUUUUAUAAGAAAAACGGGUCUUCAUUUUGGUGCCUAUUGGACAUUGUUCCCAUAAAGAAUGAGAAGGGAGAUGUAGUACUCUUUCUGGCCUCUUUCAAAGAUAUAACAGAUACAAAGGUGAAGAUUGCUGUUGAAGACAAAAAAGAAGAAAAAUUCAAAGGAAGAGGAAAAGCAGGUUCUCAUUUUGAUACAGCACGAAGACGAAGUAGAGCUGUCCUUUAUCAUAUCUCCGGACACCUACAAAGAAGAGAGAAGAACAAAUUAAAAAUUAAUAAAAACGUUUUUGUAGAUAAACCAGCAUUUCCAGAAUACAAAGUUUCAGAUGCAAAAAGGUCUAAAUUCAUACUGUUGCAUUAUAGCACUUUUAAAGCUGGCUGGGACUGGCUUAUUUUACUGGCAACGUUUUAUGUUGCUGUGACUGUACCUUACAACGUUUGCUUUAUUGGCAAUGAUGACCUGUCUACAACUCGAAGCACAACUGUCAGUGACAUUGCAGUGGAAAUUCUUUUUAUUAUAGAUAUUAUUUUAAAUUUCCGAACAUCGUAUGUCAGCAAGUCUGGCCAAGUUAUAUUUGAAGCAAGAUCUAUUUGUAUCCACUAUGUAACUACCUGGUUCAUCAUUGAUUUAAUAGCUGCACUUCCUUUUGAUCUCCUUUAUGCGUUUAAUGUCUCAGUGGUCUCCCUUGUUCACCUCCUGAAGACAGUCCGGUUACUGCGUCUUUUACGUCUCCUUCAGAGACUGGAUCGUUAUUCCCAGCACAGCACAAUUGUUCUCACACUUCUUAUGUCCAUGUUUGCUCUGCUUGCUCAUUGGAUGGCCUGCCUUUGGUACGUCAUUGGGAAAAGGGAGAUGGAAAAGAAUAAUCCCCUUACUUGGGACAUAGGUUGGCUUCAUGAACUGGGGAAGCGUUUAGAGUCUCCUUACUAUGGCAAUAAUACAUUGGGAGGCCCAUCAAUCAGAAGUGCCUAUAUAGCUGCCCUGUAUUUCACUCUCAGCAGCCUCACCAGUGUUGGGUUUGGAAAUGUUUCAGCCAAUACUGAUGUAGAAAAGAUAUUUUCCAUUUGCACAAUGCUGAUUGGGGCUUUGAUGCAUGCCAUGGUGUUUGGCAAUGUGACUGCCAUAAUUCAGAGGAUGUAUUCCAGGUGGUCCCUUUAUCACACAAGAACCAAGGAUCUGAAGGACUUUAUACGGGUCCAUCACCUGCCACAGCAGCUAAAACAGAGGAUGCUUGAAUAUUUCCAAACCACCUGGUCUGUCAAUAACGGGAUAGAUUCCAGUGAGCUUUUAAAAGACUUCCCAGACGAGCUACGCUCAGACAUCACCAUGCACUUGAACAAGGAGAUUUUGCAACUGUCCCUUUUUGAGUGUGCCAGCCGCGGUUGCCUCAGGUCUCUGUCUCUGCAUAUCAAAACCUCCUUUUGUGCUCCUGGGGAGUACCUCCUCCGGCAGGGAGAUGCCUUGCAAGCUAUCUAUUUUGUGUGCUCAGGUUCCAUGGAAGUACUCAAAGACAGCACGGUACUGGCAAUUCUCGGUAAAGGAGAUUUAAUUGGAGCAAACCUUUCAAUUAAGGACCAAGUCAUUAAAACAAAUGCAGAUGUUAAAGCUCUAACCUACUGUGACCUCCAAUGCAUUAUCCUUAAAGGACUCUUCGAAGUGCUUGACUUUUAUCCAGAAUAUGCUCCCAAAUUUGUAGAAGGUAUUCAGCAUGAUCUCACAUACAAUCUGCGAGAAGGCCAUGAAAGUGAUGUGAUAUCAAAGUUAUCAAACAAGACUACACUAUCUCAGACAGAGCCUAAGGGAAAUGGAAGCAUAAACAAGACACUCCCAUCCAUUGUGGAAGAUGAGGAGGAAGAGGAGGAAGGAGAAGAAGACAGUACUACCCUUUCUCCAAUCCAUACAAGAAGCACAAGCUCCUCACACCAAAAGAAGGUUGGAAGCAAUAAAAGUUAUCUAGGGAAAAACUUGAAACAGCUGGCCUCAGGAACUGUGCCCAUUCACUCGCCUAUCCGAGCUUGUGGCUCAAACCCCUCAAGAACCAAACAUGAAACUGAACUCAAUUACUACUCCAGAAAGAAGGAGAAAAACCUAAAACUUCCCCUUUCAAAUCUGAGCACCGUUGGCUCCCCUGACCUCAGCCCAAGGAUUGUUGAUGGGAUAGAAGAUGGAAACAAUAAUGAGGAAUGUGAGACUUUUGACUUUCGCUCUGAACAACUGCGACAGGAGUCGAGAGUAUCACCUACAAUUGGGGAAUCUGAAGUUGGUGCUGCAGUGCUAGUUAUCAAAGCAGAAGAAACCAAACAGCAGAUCAACAGACUUAACAAUGAGGUGACUACACUCACUCAAGAGGUUUCCCAGUUAAGUAAGGACGUGAAGAAUGUGAUGCAUCUUUUAGAGAAUUUACUGACAUCACAGAAGCCUCUCGGGUUCUGUGCAGUGCAUGGCCCAUCUAGGAGUCCUACAGUAGAAAGCUUACAGACUAGAACAACUUGGACUUCACAUCAACCCUGCAUGCACAUGCAAGCUGGGAAUGUUACUUGCACCAAAGCGCAACUUCGCCACGGUAACACCACCCCUGACAUUUGGAACGUGGAUUCAUCAUCUGUUGGAAGCAGUCCCCAAAGGACUGAAUCCAAAAUUCUAAAUUCUACGGACGGUGAAUUUUACUAUACUUCAGGCCUUGAAUAUUCACCUUCAAAUUAUCAGGUAGUUGAGAAAAAUCAUUUGCAAUUUUUAAGAUGCACCUCUCUGCAUUCAGAUACUACCUUGACUCCUCUUCAGUCUAUUUCAGCAACUCUUUCUUCUUCAGUAUGUUCCUCAUCAGAGACAUCAUUGCACAGAUGCAGGAAAAGUAGCUUUAGUCAACGGCCAGUCAGUUCGCUAAGCCUUGAGAACCUGCCAGGGUCUUGGGACCUUCACAGAACAACAGGGGUUGUUUCUGCACAAACCUCAGAAGCUUUCCCACUACAUGUUGUGAGAAGCACAAUGAAUAUUAAAGAUAGCCAAGCCAUAGAUGUAUAAUGAUAUACCGACAAGUGGUACUCAAAGCAUGUUCUACAGCUGCCAGUUUUAAAUUUAUAAAGUACUGCAUGACUGCUUUGUUUUGCCUUUUCUCUGGUGAUCAUUGGGACUAAUAAACAUGAAAAUUUGGAUUUAUAGGAAGUAAGUGGAUAUGAAAAGAUAUAACCAGUGCACACAGUAGGAAACAAUUUCAAGAUUCUAGAAGCAUGUUGAAAAGCAUUUUGUAUACAGAUGUCACUUAGUGGUCUGUUUGGCAGACUUUUGUGAUAGUCCAAAGACCCUGAGGGUCACAGAGCAGCUGGAAGUCUAGGACAAAAGAACUGUCAUAAGCGGUUUUUGUUGCUUGAAGCAAAAGUUUUCUUCUUGAGUGUCUGAUUGUUGUUCCCAAACAAUAUCCAUGGCACUGUUUGCUUCAGGUGAUCAUGAGUCCUGCUGGUCUGUUUGUCAGUUCUGCGAAGGCAGAGAGACAAUUAUCGCUGCAUGUCUUUUCCUAGACAAACAACCAAAUAGAGC